AUGGCUAACGAUGAUGAGAUCGAGCUGGUCAGUGACGACCCCCAAGGUCAGUCAGUUGAGCAAGAGUCGGAGGAAAUAAGAAAAUUGAGACAACAAUUGUCUAAUGUAUAUCAAGCUUGGGUUUAUGGUCAGCCUCCACCCCAGGGUCUCUCAGAGGGAACUUCCACCGUACCCCUGGCUACUCAACCACCGCUCCAUUCAACGAGCGAUCACAUUCUACUACCAGGGUAUGUGCCAAACUACAGCCUCCAUGCUGCUCCUGAUACCUCUAAUGUGCGGCCUCCAGUCGCACCGGUUAGGAACACUCCUCUCGUCGUGUCUGGCGCACCGGUAUAUACAAUCCCGCCACCAUUUCAUGCUUAUAAUGGCCAAUACCACUAUCCAAAUAUGGCUUUCAGGGUCUCAACUCCAUAUAAUCAGACUCCUCAGUACGAGUCACCAGUGGAAAAAGAAAAGCUUGCCAGGACGGAAUACAAGCCGGUUGGUCAAGUAGAAAUGACAGUGGGAACGAUUCAAGAGGGAACCAAACUGGAAAUAAAUCCAAGUCGAGAUGUGUCGUUGAUUGUGAAAGGCGCCCCGAGCUCAGAAAAGGGAGCCGGGCAUAAUAGGGCUUUAUACCUGAUUGUCAAAUGUGAGGGGCAUUAUGUAAAGCGAUUCAUGGUUGAUGGAGACUCAAGUGUAGAUGUAUUCCCUCUCUCUACCUUGCAAAGCAUGAAGAUCAAUACAGAUAGAAUUCGACCCAGCAAUGUUCGCAUUCGGCCAUGGAUCCAUACGACCCGAGAUGUGCCAUCAACCUUGCAUCAGAUGCUCAAAUUUGAACACAAUAGGCAAGAAAUUAUUGUUCACGGAGAAGACGAGUCAUCCAUUUACAAAGACCCGUUAAUCCCGUGUAUUGAGGCCAGGGAAGGGUGCGAGCCCAUUGUCUAUCAGGCUUUCGAAGUGGUUGCUGUGGACUAUGUUGAGGAUGGAAAGCCCAUUCUACAUCCUCGUCUCUCUGCCGCAUCUCUAAUGGUGGCUGCACUUAUUAUGAGACAAGGAUACCGCAAGACUGCUCGCACAUCUGUGGGUGCAACUCCUUAUCAGUUGUUUUAUGGAACUGAAGCUGUAAUACCGGCUGAAGUUGAAAUUCCCUCUCUUCGAAUCAUUGCGGAAUCAGAGAUUGAAGACACCGAGUGGGUCAAGAACAGAUUAGAACAGCUAAUGCUGAUUGAUGAAAAACGGUUUUUGACUUCCUUCUGGUCUUAUAGAUCAGAAAAGAAUGACAAGAAUCUUUCUGGAGAAGACAAUGACAACAUUGACUGGGAUACUGAAGAUGAGUUAGAAAUACAGGACACGAGAUUUUCCUCAUGCGCGGAUUUAAGAACUACAGAACAGCAUGCUGCUGGUUGUGAUGGGGAGGCAAGCUCAUCAUCAGUACCCUCCAAGUCCAACUUCAUUCAGCAGUUUGCAGUGAUGGGAUUUCGUGAAGAAUCUAUUGUAAAAGCAAUAGAGCAAAAUGGAGAAAAUGAAGGUUUGGUGUUGGAUGCUCUUUUGACAUUGAAGGCACUUGAAGACUCUCCUGAAGAACAGCCUAAUACUUGCUCUCAGCUGGAGCCCUGCAUUGGUUCUGAUGAUAGCUCUUCUGAAUACAACGAGAAGUUUAUGGAUGAUGUUUAUGAGGAAGAUAGUUGGUCCUCAGACUCAGGCUCAGACUGUAUAUAUUCUGCUAAACAAUGCUACUUGAAAGACGAGAGCAGUUCUUUGUUUGAAAAAGAGCAACUCUUGGUAAAUAUGGGAUACCAAGUGGAGGAGGCUUCCAUAGCAAUGGAGAGAUGUGGUCCAGGAGCAUCGCUUGUUGAAUUGACAGAUUUCAUCUACGCUGCUCAAAUGGCAAGAGAAGAAGACGCCUAUCUGCCAGAAGAUGUAAAGCCAAAACUAAAGCAUAUGUUGAAUGGUAGUGGUGGAUCCAUGAAGAGGACGCUGUAUAAUGAAUUAUGUAAAAGGAAAAAGCAAAGGGUGAUUUGUGAUGAAGAGACAAUUCGAUUGCCCAAACAUAUGAUUGGAUACGGGAUUCCUACCGAAUCAGUUUCACCAAUGGCCAAAAGAACUCUUCCGGAGCAAGCUAUUGGCCCCCCAUUUUUCUAUUACGAAAAUGUUGCUCUAGCUCCCAAGGGUGUGUGGGAUGCCAUUUCCAGAUUCUUGUAUGAUAUUGAGCCUGAGUUUGUUGACUCAAAAUAUUUUUGUUCUGCUGCAAGAAAAAGGGGAUAUAUUCAUAAUUUGCCCGUUGAAAAUAGAUUUCCUUUGCUUCCACUCCCCCCAUGUACCAUUCAUGAGGCACUUCCCCUAACAAAGAAAUGGUGGCCAUCUUGGGAUACACGGACACAGUUAAAUUGUUUGCAAACAUCCAUUGCGAGUGCAAGAUUGACGGAUAGAAUCAGGAAAGCUAUGGAGGACUUCAAUGGUGAGCCACCUAUGAGAGUGCAGAAGUAUAUUCUUGAUGAAUGUCGGAAGUGGAAUUUGGUGUGGGUUGGGAGAAACAAAGUUGCUCCUUUGGAGCCUGAUGAAGUUGAAAUGCUAUUAGGGUUUCCAAAGAAUCAUACCAGGGGUAUAAGUAGGACCGAUAGAUACAAGUCGCUUGGUAACUCGUUCCAGAUUGACACAGUGGCAUACCAUUUAUCGGUGUUGAAAGAAAAGUUUCCAGAUGGUAUCAACGUCUUAUCACUCUUCUCUGGAAUUGGUGGUGCUGAAGUUGCUCUUUACCGUCUCGGUAUUCGAUUGAAGAAUGUGAUUUCGGUGGAAAUAUGUGAAGUCAACAGAAAUAUUAUGAGAAGUUGGUGGGAGCAAACUAACCAGAGAGGGAGUCUUAUAGAGUUUGACGAUGUGCAGCAACUGAAUGGAGAUCGCUUGGAGAAGCUCAUAGACUCAUAUGGAAGGUUUGAUUUAGUAAUUGGUGGAAGCCCGUGCAACAACCUUACAGGCAGUAAUAGGGUGAGCAGGGAUGGGCUUGAAGGGAAAGAAUCUUCUCUAUUUUUUCACUAUGUUCGGAUAUUGGAUUUGGUGAAGUUAAUAAUGUCGAGAUGAUAAUAUGAUAGAAAUUUGCUGAUGGGCUUG